CUCGCUCUCGUGUGAGCCUGAGCAGAUAAUUUAAUGAUUCAUGAAGAAAUUAUAUUAAUUUCUUUAUCAUAUUAUCGACGCACGUGCUCUGAAUGAAGCGGUUUAGCUGGCAGGAUGGAGGCGGAGGUCGUCAGGGGCGUCAUCGGCACAGAUGGCGAAAGGUCCGUUCCCCAGGCAGGUCCCCAGAGCGAAGCAGAUUUGACAGGACACCAGAACCCUCUCCAAGCACCUCCGCCGAGAGCUCAGAGUCUGGCUCCAGUGCAUCAUCCAAUCCCACCAACACUGCUCCAGAGCUGCCAGGUUUCUACUUUGACCCGGAGAAGAACCGCUACUUCCGCCUGCUGCCCGGACACAACAACUGCAAUCCCUUGACCAAUGAAAUGCUCCGAGCUAAAGAGCGCGAGCGAAGGAGGUCCGCCAUGCUCCUGGAGGAUGAACAGCCCAGGAAGAAAGCUCCAAGAACAGGACAGAACACAUCACUUCUGCUACACAACAGACACCUUGGCCUUCUCCCUCCAAAUUCUUACUGCAGACUAAUUCAUGAGUUGAAGGUGAGCGGUAUGAGACGGCACAAGCUGGAGGUGCAGAGCUCUGAGUCCAGCUCUCCCAACACGGACAACUUCCGCCUCAUCAAGGCGGAUUCCACCUGUGAGCGAGUAUUCACGGUGAACGAUGUGUCCCACGGAGGCUGCAAGUACGGCAUCAUGAACCUGAGUGGCUGUAGCAAGGGAUCCCUGUCCGUGGAGAUGUGCGACAACCUCUACUUUACUAACCGCAAGGUCAACUCCAUCUGCUGGGCCUCAGUAUCGCAUCCCGACUCUCAUGUGCUCUUGUGUCUCGUGAGUAUAUCGCAAACUCCAGGCUGUGUGAGCUUAUUGCCAGCCUCCCUCUUCAGUAACUCCAACCCAGACCAGCCAGGGAUGCUGUGCAGCUUCAAGAUCUCCACCGCCUGGUCAUGCGCCUGGUGCCUCAAUCCACAGGCUGACAAGACUUUCAGCACCGGUCUCUCACGUCACGUCAUUGUGACCAACGCAGUGACAGGACGGAGGCAAAUGUACAGCAUCAACAGUGACGUACUCGCACAGCAGUUUGCUCUCAGGGCGCCGGUACUGUUUAAUGGCUGUCGCUCGGGGGAGAUCUUCAGCAUCGACCUGCGUCAGCGCUCGAGGCGUGACCACAGCUGGAAGGCCUGCCGCUUUCAGCAGGGCGCUGGCGUCACCUCCGUACGCCUGCUGAGGGACGAGAACUACCUUCUCGCCGCCGACAUGCAGGGACAGAUCAAGCUGUGGGACGUGCGCGUGACACGGCCGGUGAAGCAGUACGAGGGUCACCACAAUGAGUACGCCUACCUGCCCUUGCACGUCAACGAGGACGAGGGACUGCUGCUGGCAGUGGGCCAGGACUGCUACACGCGACUGUGGAGCCUGAACGACGGGCACCUGCUGCGCACCAUCCCGUCUCCGCACCCGGCAGCCAAGGAGGGCUUUGACAGCAUCCCCAACGUGGUCUUCUCCUCCCAGCUGGGCGGCUGCCGUGGCCUGCCGGGCCUGCUGAUGGCCGUGCACCACGACCUCUACUACUACCCCUACAACAGCGACUACCAGGACUACCAGGCCCCGGCUGCCACAGCUCUCCGAGACCGAGACCGGGACCGGGACUGGGACGAGUAGCCCAGUGCCAGCGCUGGGAGGUGAAGCCUUUUCUUCCAGAGGGCUGUUUCAAGAAGUUGGUUCAGUAGUGAGCCCGGUUAAGUUAACCUUGAGGUAGUGGUGAAUCAUCUAAUAGAAGAGCCAGGAGUCUUCAUGUCAUUUUAACUAAAUGACACAUGCAGGCUAUAUUAUAAGGACUGACCACUUCCUGUAGGUUAACUUAGCCAGGUGUAUCACUUAACCAUGCUGGGUGACAGCGGCUACCAGUGCCUGCCAGCUUUGGGAGGUAAAGCCAGAGACGAUGGAUAAGAUGGAGACGAUUAAUCAGGACUUGAGGUUCUAAGCUGCAGUGUUAUGGCAGCCAUGGCCCUUUAGGAGAGUAGAAGAUAAGGAGAAUGAAUGAUGUUUCAAUGGAAAGUCGCACUAGGAGACCAGACUUGAUCCCUUUGUAACACGUGGUUGGUGCGGAUUUGUUGGAAAACCAGAAGGGGGGAUGUGUUUCAGAUUUUAAGCAAUACCAAUGGAAUUACAAUAAGUGUGAUUAAAAUCAUGUGUAAAAAGAAGAGAAACCAGAAGGGGGGACAAUCUCUUACACCCCCCGGCCCCGUCCCCAAUCCCCCCUACAAAUUACACCCUGGAUAUAACUUGGUUACCAUAUUGAAUGAAAAUCUUUGGUGAAGCUUUCUGGACCUGUCCCUGAAAGGUUUUAUUUUUUUAAUACCCCAUGAGGUUUACAGUUGCGUUUUCUUUGGCCACUGGGCGGUCCCCCUGCAGUGCAGGUUUUCAAGGCUUCACAAAUUUUGGAAAUUGGAAAUUGGAUCAUCGUGUUUUGACAGUGGAGUGAUACUAAGUUGGUUUAAUUUCUGGGAAAACCUCACUGGUCUUGGAUUUUAUCUUGAAUGUGAUUGAUUGAAAAAUAUUUUUUUCUUCAGUGUUCUGUGAUUUGUAAGACAGAUGUUAUUAAAAGCUGAAUUUGAAAACA